AACUUGCAUGCAGCUAGCUGCCCCAAAAAAUACCUGUAACGUUAUGUCUGUGUGAGACUGUGUGUGUCUAGCACUAUUACUGUGUCUAGUUAUUACAAAGCAAAAAUGAUGCACAUGGCACUACAGUCAGACAGACACCAAAAUGUGAACUAAAUCACACAAAUUGACCUAAAGCCAUACUCUUUUACUCCCCUAGGUGUGAUGAGUAAGUUUGCAGUGGUUCAGUGGGUCAGUGGAGAGGAUGCUGGGAUGUAUAGCGAGGUGAAGACCGAUGCUAUACGUAAAUAUGAUGACAGGAAGAUAGAUGACGAAGGAUACCCGCAAACUGACUAUUCAGCCACUGUGGAAUGGCAGAAAGGAAGGAAGCCUAAACAUGGCUGGCCAGUGUACACUGCCUCUAUCAAGUUUGUGAGCAACAAUCGAUUUCAUACUAGUGCUAAGAUUAAGGAAUUCCUGCGGUUGGAGUCUGAUGAAAGGGAUGAACCACUGUCUAAGAAAAGGGCCUCAGUCCCUCCACCAAGAUAUACAGAUUCUGAUGAAACUGAUGUUGACAAUACACCGACCCAAAGGAAAAGGACAAUGAUUCCCAAACCACAGAAAAAUGUUGCACAAAUGAUUGUAGAUAAGUAUCAAGCUACAUCCUCGACAGAGACUCAGAAGAGGCUGAGAGAAAUGGAGGAGGAAAAUGAAAGAUUGAGAAAUGACAACAAAAAAUUAAGAACAAUGCUCAUUAGAGGCAUGUAUUACAGUUAUUUUACUUGUGUUGUAAGCUAUCAAACUGUUGUGGUUUACAUUUUUUCUACCGUCUUUGCAAUUCAGACUUUUAAAUUAUUGUAG